GUUUUAUUAUUCCUUGGCUGGCAAUGGCUCGCAAGAAGGCGACCCGCAAGAAGGUGACCCUCAACUACAUCCACAACAACUCGACCCGGCGCGCUAGUUUCAGGAAGCGUCUCAAGGGGCUGAUGAAGAAGGCAGCUGAGCUCGCCACCAUGUGCGGCGUCAAGACCUGCGUGGUGGUGUACGGCAAGGGCGAGGCGGAGCCUAAGGUGUUCCCUUCCCACGAUAAGGCGGUGGAUAUACUGAAUGAAUACAAGAGCAUGCCGGACCUAGGGCAUUGCAAGAAGACGAUGGACCAGGAGGCCUUCCUCACCAAGCGUAUCGCCAAGCUCCACGACAAGGUCAACAAGGCUCGCUGCGAGUGCCAGGACAGCGAGAUCAGGUACCUCCUUUACAACAUCAUGCACGGCAACCACCCAGGCCUCGUUGACCUCAGCGUCGAGGAGCUCGCCCGCGUUGGUUGGAAGGUGGAAGAGCUUCUCAAGAGCCUCGGCGAACGCAUGGCAAAAAUCGAAGUCCAGGCGCCGCCGCCAGCUCCAUGCAUCAGCACCGGCAGCAUAGACAUGGGGUCUCCGUCGCACUAUCUGGCGUCACCGCAGCAUCAGGACGGCUAUCUUAAUAUGGUGAGCUCCGGAGGGGACGUCGGUACCCAGGUGUACGGUGAAAACGCCAGCCAUGACGGCGCCGGCUUCUCCGGCGGUGAUAUGAUGAUGCUGAUGCAGUCCUCCGAUCUGGUGUUCAGUUUGAGUCAUUUCCCUCCAAUGUAAGCUGGGAGGGAUGAGGAUUUCUAGCCGCUGGGAAUGGCCAGCUAUCGUGCGGUUGAUCUGAUCUUGGAUUUUCUUUAGUACUUCGGGUGUGGUUCUGAUUAGUCAUCCAGUUAAUUUCCUGAAAGUGUUGUAUUUUUUGUUUAUGUGCGUCGAUGUAUUCAUCAUGCUCUAUGAGCCAAGUCUUGCUUUUAAUUGUAAUGUUGUUAUUGAAUAUUGUUAUUCUAUUGAUGUCUUCUCAAGGUUGUUUCCUUGAUCUCUGUUGUUCGAUUCGUCAUAAAUCUUAAGUUACACCUAUUAUUUUGUGUCACAAUCGUGUUUUGUGAGGCAUCCUUGAACUGCUAAAUGCCCGAUAGUUGCUUGAUUGCUGUUAGGGCCUCAUGAACUUUUGUCUCGUGUGUUGGC